AUGCACGAAAUCGGCGAUGCAGUCAUAUACAAAGGUGCGGAAGGCGACGAAGCCCUCGGCAUCGUAAGGUCAGUCAUGGAGCCAACGAGCAAGACCGCCGCGACGUUAUACGAGAUCCAAGACAUCGAAUCAGGCGAAACCUUCACCGUCGUCGAGACUAGAGUCCACAACCCCCCCACCAUCCCGAGUAGUAGUACAUCAUGA